AUGAAUAUUAUUUCGGAGCAUGGCUAUCGUCAGGAUGGCCGCAGGCCUCAUCAAAUACGAAAUUUGAACUAUAAUUUGGGAAUCUGUUCACAGGCUGAUGGAUCAGCAUAUCUCGAACAGGGCAACACAAAAGUUCUUUGCGCGGUUUAUGGACCUCAAGAAGCAAGGCAACGUGGCCGUGUACUCGAGGAUCGUUGCAUAAUCAAUUGCCAGUACAGUAUGGCAACAUUCUCAACCAAUGAACGCAAGGAGCGACCACGUGGAGAUCGACGUUCGCUGGAGUUCGCGCGACUCAUGGAGAAAGCUUUCGAGGCAGCAGUGCUUACGCAAAAUUAUCCGCGCUCACAAAUUGAUAUUUUCUGUGAACUCUUACAGGCAGACGGCAGUCAUUUGGCAGCAUGCGUGAAUGCCGGUACGCUUGCAUUGGCCGAUGCAGGAGUCCCACUGCGUGGUUUGGUAGCAGCAGCAUCAUGUGCUUGCGCACCCGGUGGAAUACCGUGUGUGGAUGUGAGUUCACGCGAGGAGACCAAUAUCAUACCGCGCAUAACAAUCGCAACAGUCUCAGGACAAGACGAGAUUGUGCUGGCCGAACUACAGAACCGGUUACACAAGGAUCACCUGCUGGUGGUACUGGAUGCAGCGAAAAAAGCGACAGCCCAUGUGCAUGCCUGCCUGGAAGCGGCUGUUUUCACGCAUAUCUCCACUGCAAUUGGCAUAUCCUCUAAUGUGCUGCAUCGUUUCACUGUUCCUUCGUAUGCUUACUUUGGCGCACUUCCUAAUCGGCAGCAUCCUCAAGAUGGACCUGGAAUCACUUGUGUAGUUGAUUUUUUCUGUGGUAUUUGA